UUUCUAGAAGGCCAAGUCCUGUGCUUUUCACCAGGGGAGCAGGGCAUGAGGCAGGGGUGACAAACCUGCCAGCCAACGGUGACUGCCCAGUACAUCAGGGCUGUUAGGAAGUUGGGGGCAUAGGUGACCCCCUCCAUGUCCCAGGGUGCCAGAGAUGUUUCUGAGGGCAGCGGUGACCAGGCUGAAACUCAUCACUAAUCUGUGAUCCUGGCACUCAGGAAGCUGAGGCAGGAGGAUCACUGUGAGUUCAAGACCAGCUUAGACUACACAGUGAGACCUUGCCUUAAGAGAGAGAGAGAGAGAGAGAGAGAGAGAAAGACAAGAGAAAAAGAGAAGGGGCCUCAAGUUGAGGCAACAUGCCAGGGACUGGAGCAAACUCCGCAAAGUCCCCUGGGGUCCUUCAGUCCGGGUAAACACUCACUGUGUGGCAUUGACCGGGAUGGAGAUAGCAUUGUUGGGACCCCGCAGGAUGUCAGCGUUGACCCACACAGGCCUUUGCACCCUGCCAGCGUCAGUCAGCUGCCGAAGGAGGUCCAAGGAGGGGCCUACGGCCUUGAGGCUCUUGAAGUCCAGUUUGAUGCCUGUGGAGAGCGGGGAGGGGGGCGAGCCCUUAGGAAGCCCAAGGUCUCCAGAGUAGAGGGAGAAGUGGGCGGGACGGCAAGGUGGUAGACAGGGCCUGGGUACCGGUAACACCACUGUGGGCAGGAGCAGAGGUGCCUGAGGGAGGGGCUAUGAUUCCCGGAUGGGACGGGACUCGGGACACCAGAACCUAAAAGGGGGUCCCUUGGCUUCAGAGAAAGGGAGUGGAGAGCAAUGCAGGCAGGGACAGCAGCCAGUGUGAACGAACCCCAUCAAGGUAGUGGGGAGACGAGACCAAGGUGGUACAGGAAAUCAUCUAAGCCAGGCCAAGAUAAUUGGGUACUCAUAGACGCUCAAGUGAGCAGUACUCACAGUCAAGGGACACUAGAGCUGAUGAGGAAGGAGGUCCAAGAGAUGAUGUGACUGACACUGGACUUACAGUUAGCAGACAUGGCCUGGGCCUGUAAUUUCAGCAGUUGGUAUGUGGGAGGCCGAGGCAGGAAGGUUGCAAAUUUAAGUCCCACCAGGCAAAGGACUGGGGAUGUAAUUUAGUGGCUGAGAGCCACUAGGUUCAGUCUCCAGUCUUGCACUGAUAGAUAAGUGAGCUAGCUAGACAGGUGGCAGGGGAUGUGGCCUAGUGCUAGGUGACUACGCAGUGUUGGUGCCCAGCAUCUGAAGGAGAAGCGGGAGUUAGGAUGGUGCCUAGAUCCUGCUGUAACUGGCAGUGGGACCAGAUGGCAUCAGGGUGGCGCUUGGCUUUUGGCCUGUUGUGCCCAAUCUGUGGAUCCCGGAGGGACUACCCAUAGCACUAUCUCCCUUGAGCCUGGGCAUGGGGAGUGUUGGGGAGGGGAAGCUGAGGCAGAAAACUCCUGAGGCCAGACCUCUAGUGCAGGGGGACCUUACCCUUCUGGGAGUGGGUUAGCACGGUCUGCAGCCAGUGCUGCAGGGUGUUGUCACUGUAGAUGGCUGGCGGGUGGGCCAUGAUGGGGAUGCCUGUCUCACUGGCUGUGCCAAGCCCUUCUAUGUUGACAUCUGCCUCCAAGACCAUGGAGUCACCUGUUGAAGAGGGAACUUUUAGUCAUUUCAUUUUGUAAAACAAUUUUCCAGCCUCCUGCGGUGAUUCACACCUGUAAAGCCCAUCAUUUGGGAAGCAGAGGCAGGAUAGUCAUGAGUUUGAAGCCAGCCUGGGCUACAUAGUGAGUUCAAGGUCCAAGACCAGUCUGAAUGACACAGCAAGACUGUUUCAAAAAGCCAAAAAAAUUUUUUUAUAUCAAAAACAUUGUAAUCUGUUACAGAGCCAGGUGUGGUGAUACACGCCUAUAAUCCCAGCACUUGCUGAAACAGGAGAAUUGCCCCAGAUUUGAGGCCAGCCUGAACUGCAGUGAGACUCUGUCUCAAAAAAACUCAAUCUUUCCUUUUUGCUAUAGAGCACUUGAAAAAUACAGAAAAGCAGAAGGAAGGGAAGUGUGCCCACCACAUUUCCACAGUCUGCAUCUUGUUGCCUUUCCUUUCAUUUUUGUCUCUGCCUACUUUCUGCACAGGUGAAACUUCCCAGCAUUUAUAAUUUGUUUCUGUGACACAGUUUCACACUCCUUUCUGCACCUCAUGACAACAAGGACAACUGCCCUGAGAACACCAGGAGAGGAGCCCAUCUCCUGCUACUGAGACACUUUUGAUACUUUGUAGUUUCUUAGAACUGGAAAAUAAUGAGACACAUUGUAUUCUGAUUUUCUGAUAGUUUCUGAUCCCUCCUUGUGGAAUUUGAGUCAGAGGGGCAAAAAUGGAAUGAGGUCAAAACUCAUCCCGAGUUACUUUCCAGACAAGAUGCUGAUUCAUGGUCUCAGCCAGGGUAUACCAGAUGGCUGGACUCACCACCCAUGGGUACCACCACUUAACUCUAAAUUAACUCAGUCAACUGGGCAUGAUGGCGCACUCCUGUAUUCCCAGUACUAGGCAGGCUGAGGUAGGAGGAAGCUUGCAAGUUCGAGACCAGCCUGAGCUACAAAGUGAGUUCAAGGCCAGCCUGAAUCAAAUAGCAGACCGUCUCAAGUAGACAAAACAAAACAAACACAAACAAACAAAAAACACACACAAAAAACCAAACAAAAACCUUUGACAAAGGGCUUCAGUGUUUCUCAUUCGGAACCUCUCCUGGAAACUCAGAAGUUGUCCCUCUUAUUUUCAGUAAAACUCGACCUUUCUCUUGGUUUUUUACUUCAUUCCUAGAUGUUGUGAGACCAGGAACUGGACACAUCUAGCAUGCUGCAAGUUACUGUCUACACCUGACCCUGCCGCUUCCUGUUAAAAAGCAAAAACUCCUGGUCCUGAGUUUUCGAGUCCAAGUUCUCCCCUGUGGUUCAUGGUCUGUGUGAUCAGACCCCGCGUUCCCAGCCUCCCCUCUGGUCUGGCUCCCUGGGCCCUCAGUGCUGGCAGUUCAAGGCAGGUUGUGAGCAGCAGGCGGGCAGGACAGAGGCCCCGCUGCCUGCUCUUGGAGCAGCCCUUUUGCUCCGUCUGUGCUGGGAUUCUGAAUUCCUACUACCUGCAUAGUAGGGGUGAAAAAGAGCUUUCAGAUGGCUGUCUAGGCGAGCCGGGGUGCGGUGGAGCUCACCUAGAUUCCCUGCACUCAGGGAGCAUGAGGCACCGAGUGGGAAUCUAGCCCAGCCUGGGCAGCUUAGUGGCCCAGUCUCAAGACUGAAAAUAAAAAGGGCUGGGGGGCUGUGGGAAGAACUUAGGGUCCAACCCCAGUACCAAAACCAAACACCAAAAUCCCAAGGUUUUUGGAUUUCUGCUGGGCAAAGGUGGCUGAGUUUUGCAUCAGCGUCCUCAAGUGGUGAUAACCGCCGGUGGCCCCAGCACUCGGGAAAUCUCCCAUCACAUUGCAGGUGGUUACAUGCCUUCCAGAGACCAUAUCUGGGCUGAUUUGCUUGAAGAAGGGAGGGAAGGAGAAAUGAGCCACGAGGGGUGCAUUGGGUCCCAGUGUUAUAGGCAAGCUGAGUUAGACAGAAUAUUUAGGAAGUCAGACAGAGCUGGGCCCUGGAGGGAGCCAGUGCAGAUCAGAUAUUUUGAAACCUUGGAGGAGACAGAUAUCUCUGCUGUGAGCCAGAUCUCAAGACAAAAGGCAGCAUACAUCAGGGAUUGAUACUCUAAAUAGGUAUCAAUCAUCUUGAGGAAGCCAGAAAGAACCAUUAACCCAACCCCCUACAGGCAAAAGCCACAGACCUAAAGUGUGACAUUGGGCAACACUCCCCCCACUCUGGAUCCCAGCUCCUUCCUCUGACCUCCGGAGACUGUUCUGGAGCAAAGGGUGGUCCCGGGGACGAGCAGCGUCUAGGGUUUCCUGGGAACUUGUUACAAGGUAAAACUGAAGACCCCACUCAGAACCAGGGACCACAGGACCCAAGUCUCCUGAAGUUCAUGUUUGGAGCCCAGUCCCUUUAUGUUCUGUAGUUUAGGGUUGACUGGUGCUUGCUUCCCAGCUGUCCUGCAGAACAGGGGUCUCCCUGGAGCCUGGGCUCUGUGCACAGGGCAGACUGCAGGGAGGGGAAGUUGGCCAUCUGGGCUGGGGCCCAUGUGUGGCCUGGGGGCAUCCCAUCUGGCAGCAGGUGGCCCCUGGCUUCUGGGACUGUUCUGCUCCUGAGGCCGAGAGGCUGCACACCGGCUCAGGUAUUCAUGAGUUGUUUUAGCCCUGCUGGGCCUCAAGCACAGGUCUCUGGCUUCCUUUGUCUUUAAGGGCAAAGGGUGCCACAGGCAGACAGGUGGUGCCCGGUGGGCCAAGGGACAUGGCUGGCCAGGGCAGCAUGGGAGCAGCUUUGCCAUCAGAUACCUGGUCCAAAUCUGAGCUCAGUGUUGCCACAGGCUGAGCUGGUACCCUGAGCCCAGUGCCUGCUUCACUAGGGCAGCGUGAGGAGUGCAGGCCUCUGCCCUCCCUCCUUGCCCUGCUUCCUGGCAGAAGGACUUACUGCUCAGGCCCUCCUCCAUCUCAGUGCGGCUGUUGGCCCCAUGGCUCCAGGUGACCAGCAGGCCAUCGGGACUGCUGACCUGGCCGAGGCUCAGCAGGUAACUCAGCAUAUCCCCUUCGGGGUGGCAGACGUCCCCCUGGCAGCCUGGAAUGAACACCAAAGGGCUGUCAGUGCUAGCCUCGGCCCACCCUGGCUCUUGUCCAGUCACCCGACCUCGUGCAUCCAGCGCAUGGUCAGCAGUGUCUGCAGGACCCGGGGCCCCCAGAAAUAUAAGACAGGGGCAAAAGUGCUGGCCUGGGGCAUUCGGGAAAGCAGGGCUCACUCAGAAGGGGACAUUUCGGGGAGCUCUCGAAGGGUGGCAGAAGGGAGGGAAUAGGUGAUUCAGGAAGAAGGACUGGCAGAAGUGACCACAUGGAAAAGUGUGGCUGUCUGAGAGAAUGGCCACUGGACUGGGGCAAGCUCAGUGGAAGAGUGCUUGCCUGUCCCAUGAGAGGCCCCGGCACCAUUCUCAGCAUCAAAAGGAGCAGAGGAAAUGGCCUGGUAUGAUGGACAGAGAAACGGUCAGAGCAGAGGGGAAAGAUGGCGAGGGUCAGGUGGGCAAAGGCCUUGCAUGGCAGCAGGGGUAAACCUGCGCCACAGAUGUGCGUGGGCAGUGUUAGCGCAGGCUGCUGAGCAACAUGGGUGGGGGCAGAAGGACUGCGCAGGUGUGGAAGGCCAAACAGGGGCCAGGAGGGGGAGACUGGAGGCCUCAGAGGCAAGUGGGCGAGAGGAGGGGAGCCCCCAGGAAGGCUCCGGCCAAGAAAAGGCGGGCUCGAGGCCAGGGAGGCAGAAGCAGAGGAGCUCUGCAAGAAAGAAAGCACAGGUAUGAUCCCCAAGGGGGAGCGCCCCGCCCCAGGGCACUGGGGGCUGGUCUCCAGGCAACCUAACCGGAGAAAGAAGGCCAAAGGAACUUUCUGCCUCCACACACUUGGGGUGGGAAAGAGGCGGCCAAGCUGGUCAGCAUGGCACCUACCUGACUGGGAGCCCCAGUCCAGCGUCAAGGCGAGGACCAUCCCGACAGUUAAUGCCAGGGUCACGAUGAUACCGCUCACCAGGGCAUACUUGGUCGGCCUGUCCAGACACUGCUUCCAGCAGCCCAUGAAGGCUGUCUUUGGAGGAUCCCCAGACUGGAGACUCUGAGGUGUCCUGAGGCUCGGAUCAGCGGGGGCAGGAGCCCAGGCUGGGCAGAAUUCUUCCCGGGGCCUUCGGGCUCUUGUAAUGCUGGGUCACUCCUGCCCCUGGUGGAGAUAGCACCUGAAGUCCCUCCUCCUCCCACACCCUCACUGUAUCUCAGCAGGUCAAGCAGAAAAUCCUGUCUUCCCCUAAAUGACCUUUGAGCACUGAGUGAUCUCUACCAUCCCUCACUCUUCUAAUUUGAGCCCUUUCUGCCCCACCCAAGGACUCCCUAGCGGGCAAGGGUUGGCAACAAAGACAGAUUAGAUCUGCCCCAAGGAUGUGACUUUUCUUUCUAUCUGAGAUCCUGGUUGAUUGGACUGGGAUUGAACCCAGAGUCCUGAGCCAGGGUGUGGUGGUAUAUAUACCUGUGAUCCCAGAGGCUGAGGCAGGAAGAUCACUGGGAGUUCUGAUGGGCUACUUAGGGAGUUCAAGGUCAGUUGGAAAUACAUACUCAGAAAAUCAAAUACAUACUCAGAAAAUCAAAAAUAGAGCUGGGUGGUGGGGCACACCUGUAAUUCCUGCAUUUGGAAGGUUGAGGCUGGAGGAGUGCAGCAGUUCAAGGUCAGCCUGGAUUACACAGUGAAAUUGUUUCAAAAAGCAAAUAAACCAAAAUGGAUAAAUAGAGAUGGGGAUUUAACUCAGCAUCACAGGUCUGCCUGGCAAGUGUGAGGCUGUGAGUUGAUCCUUGGUACCAAAUAAAUAAAUAGAAAACCAAAAAUAAAAAAUGAAACAAUAGUACUGGGGAUGUAGCUCAGUGGCAUAGUGCCUGCUUAGCAAGAGUGAGGUUGUGAGUUCAAUCCCUGGUACCAGGAAAAAAAAAAAAAAAAAGAAAGAAAAGAAAAAAUAAAAUUGAGCAUGGUGGACCACCCCAGUAAUCCCAGCACUCUGGAGGUUGAGACAGGAGGAUCACCCUGAGUUUGAGGCCAGCCUAGGUGUGAUAACUCGGACCCCGGUAUAAAAUCCAAGGAAGCAAGAAAUUAAAAUUUGGGAAGAAAGGCUUUAUUAGGUAAAAUCCAGGCCUGGUGACGAGUCUCCUGGAGCCAAUUUGGAGACUGCGCACCUCACAGCUAAAAGUCAGGACUUUUUAUCUUGUAAAUCCACAAACAGCUGCUGGUCACACAAUGUAAGGAGCGGGCUGGGGGUGUGACGCACUACAAAGCAGAAACGGCAAUUGCAAGUCUCCCCGAAUACUAGCAAGUUUAGAUAAGAAGAAAUCUUGUUUUUCUUAGCAAAGAAUAGAGAAGUCUAACAGCAAUUAACAACCUUAGUUACCUUACUUUAGCACAACUGUUCUAUUUGUAGAGGGCAACAAUGGUUAACAUAUCAAUUAGGUAAGAUUUUACAAUUCUUUACAGAGGAGAGCAUUGAUUAACAUAUCAAUCCUUUGCCCAGAGGGAAAGGAAAACACACAUAUACAGUAAGGCCAAGUUACAGGUAUUGCUAUGAUACAAACGAAGCUAUUUUUGUGAAGAAUGUACAAUCUAAUACAAUCUAAUGCAAUUAACACAAUUUGUGACAGGCUACCGGGUAGAGAAGACCCGGGUUGUCAGAAGCUAUUACCUCAGGCCUUUGUUUUAUGGCCUUUAGGAAGUUAAAACUUAACCUAGUUAGAUUUGAAGGGAGAAGGGGAGGGGAAGCAGCAGGUGGGCUUAUACAGAACAGACCUUACUGCGAGAUAGUUAGGGGGCCUUAGGUUAUAACACUAGGCUACACAGUGAGCUCAAAACCAGUCUGAACUACAUAGUGAGACUCUGUCUCAAGAUAAUUAGAUAAAUAAAGCAAACCUGCAAGUCCUGGCAUGUGACCUGAGCUUCUGCAGGCCACCUCUGGGUCAAGGCACCCUGGACAUGGGGGUGGGCUCAGGAGUGCUCGGGAUGGGACGCAAGUUAGGGGUCAGCCUCUGCAGCCUAAAUGUAGCUGAUGUCCUCAGGGACUUCUACUUGGAGAUAAACCCAGAGGGCCGCUUGUUGACAGAUUAGUGAGGGAAAUAGAGGCACAAUGAGUGUGACCACUGGUCUGGUUUGUAUUUUUCCUUUAAUUAGUAAUAAUAAAAUACAUUAUUUAUUGAUUCCCUGUAGUAAAGUAUAUCACACCUUUACCUCAUCUUGUCACGAUGCUGCUUUUUUCCCCCCUGGAUUUCUGGGGAUUCAAGCCAAGGGCUUUGCACUAAGCUAAGUACCUGACAUUUUUAAACUUCAUAAUUUGAGUCAGGGUCUUGCUAAAUUGCCCAGGCUGGGCUCAAAUUUGUCAUUCUCUUGCCUCAGCCUCAUAGGAUUCUGGGAUAUAGGUACGCAUCAUCACCGCUAGCUUCCACAUGAUUCUUUUUGUUGUUAUUGUUGUUUUGGAGACAGGGUCCUGCUAUGCAGUUCUGGCUCAGGCUGGCCUUGAACUCAUGGUGAUCCUCCUGCCUCAGCCUCGAAAGUGGGAGGCUUUACCACCAAGCUCAGCUUGUAUUUUUUUUUUUUUUUUUGGUCUCAUUGCUUAUUUUCUGAAGGUGGCUAGUAGUAUUAAUUUCAGACUUUGCUACUUGAAGUAUGAAUGUUCAAGUGAUUAAAGGAACUCUAAUGAGCAGACAGUAUGUAGCCUCAAAACAAGUGGGGAGUUGGAGAAGAAACACAAAUCCAGGAAUCUGGAAGAAAAUCAGAGGGAAAAAAGUCAGAAAAGUGGAAAAACAAAGUGAGAAUCAAAAAGGAGGGGCUGUGCUUCUGGUAAAGACAAAGCCACUUUUCCCAGAUCAGUGAUCAGACUGCAGCUGGUGCUGAACUUGUGGAGAAAAGGGAAACCACCACUAUACGGCUCUGGAGACCGAACCUUGGGCCCAAGGUAUGCCAGGGAGCCAGAGGCUGAAAGAAAAAAAGCCUGGUGGGCCCAGGACUUUAUUUUAAAAACGUUUUUGAGGGGAUUUAGCUCAGUGGCAUAAGCGCUUGCCUUGCAAGAGCGCGGUCGUGAGUUAGAUCCCUGGUACAGAUUAAAAAAAAAAAAAAGUUUUUGAGACAGGGUAUUGCUGUGUAGCCCAGGGUGGCCUUGAACUUGCUGAAUCCUCCUGCCUCAGCCCCCCUCCUGAGUGCUGGGAUUGCAGGGGUACACCACCAUACCCGGUUCUCCCUCUCUCAUUUUGUGAGUUCUGAAGUUCUUCUGUGAUAACUCGGACCCCGGUAUGAAAUUCAAGGAAGCAAGAAAUUAAAAUUUGGGAAGAAAGGCUUUAUUAGGUAAAAUCCAGGCCUGGUGACGAGUCUCCUGGAGCCAAUUUGGAGACUGCGCACCUCACAGCUAAAAGUCAGGACUUUUUAUCUUGUAAAUCCACAAACAGCUGCUGGUCACACAAUGUAAGGAGCGGGCUGGGGGUGUGACGCACUACAAAGCAGAAACGGCAAUUGCAAGUCUCCCCGAAUACUAGCAAGUUUAGAUAAGAAGAAAUCUUGUUUUUUUUUAGCAAAGAAUAGAGAAGUCUAACAGCAAUUAACAACCUUAGUUACCUUACUUUAGCACAACUGUUCUAUUUGUAGAGGGCAACAAUGGUUAACAUAUCAAUUAGGUAAGAUUUUACAAUUCUUUACAGAGGAGAGCAUUGAUUAACAUAUCAAUCCUUUGCCCAGAGGGAAAGGAAAACACACAUUUACAGUAAGGCCAAGUUACAGGUAUUGCUAUGAUAUAAACGAAGCUAUUUUUGUGAAGAAUGUACAGUGUAAUACAAUCUAAUGUAAUUAACACAACUUGUGACGGGCUACCGGGUCUUGGGUAGGGAAGACCCAGGAUGUCAGGAGCUAGUACCUCAGGCCUUUGUUUUAAGGCCUUUAGGAAAUUAAAACUUAACCUAGUUAGAUUUGAAGGGAGAAGGGGAGGGGAAGCAGCAGGUGGGCUUAUACAGAACAGACCUUACAGAUAGUUAGGGGGCCUUAGGUUGUAACACUUCUAUCCAGUUACUAUCAUCUUAAUUAUCUUAGUGAUUGGUCAUCCUUAAAAAGAUGUCCUUUAGACCGGCAGCCACAGGGUCCUCCAUUCCUUGUCCCAAGGUCUCUGUGCCCUGGCCCUGCCCUCCUCCUGCCCUGUCCCACACAGUUAUCUACUGAGGAUGAGGUUGGGGUAGGCAAACAUCAAGGCGUUGGGAAGACACAUACAUGUCUUGGUUUGUGACAUUAGGCCAGUGUUUUCUUCCUGUGGGCCUCAGUUUCCUCAUCCCAGGCAGCCUGGUUCCAAAGCUCUCAUCCCCCCAAGAUCAACAGAGGUUUGAGGUUGUACGGUGAGCGGCUUGGAUGGUGCAUUUUAAGCACCAGGCCAGGCAUUCAUACUGCAGGUCAGUGAGGUUCUUUCCAGGCAGAGUGGGGAGGCCUGAGCAUAAACUUUUUUAAAAUUUAAGUUUUUGGGCUGGGGGUAUAGCUCAGUGGCAUAAGUGCCUGCCUGGAACCUGCAAGGUUGUGAGUUCAAUCCCCAGGACCAAAAAAUAAAAAUAAAAAAGCUUUUAUGUGUGGUACAGUCCCAGCACUCUUUAUUUUAAGACAAGGUCUAAAUAAAUUGCCUAAACUGGCCUCACACUUGCAGUCUUCCUGCCUCAGCCCCCAAGAGUGCUGGGACAGAUUCUCCUGCAUGCAGGCAGGAGCAGGGGCCUUAUUGGCUGGGGAACUUCCAGAUGCUGGUGACCUCACAAAGAACACAACCCCAGCCUGGCCUUGCGGGAGCCGAGCCAGGUAAACUGAGGGGUGCCUGUGGGCAAUUUCCAGGGGUGGGGUCGGCCUCCACCAGGCAGGGGCCGGCUCCUGCUUGAGAACAUCAUGCUUGCAGGAGCACCACAGUGAGUCAGCCUGCCACUGGACUGAAGGGGCAGGGGUACUGGGAGACCUCUCAACACACACGGCAAAUCUCAUGCCCUGUGAAGACCCAGAGAUGACAUCAAAUCUCCAGCCCUGCGAGGGCCCAGGCCUGGGCUUUGGCAGCAUCCCUGGGCCUGACUCUGACACAGCCCUCACCCCUAACUCAGAUCGGCCCCUGAAUCCUGGCUUGGUCCUGGCUCCAGACCUGAAUCCAACUCUGAGUCCUGAACCAGGGGAGGUCCCUGGCUUACUAACUGAUGACACCCCCAGACUUACUGGCAGCAAGGCCACAACUCCAGUCUCCCUCCAGACCACCUUUUCCUAUUGUCUGGUAGCUCCGGAUCCAGACGUGAAUCACAUCUCCAGGCUGGACCCACAGGAGUCCCCAUCUCCAGCUGUAAGCCCUGCUCUCAGCACUGGCUCUCUUGAGACCACCGAUCAGGGCUCCAGGAACCCCUCUGAGCAGAGUUCUGAGGAGGCACUCCCGUCCCUCUCGGGGAGCAAGGUUUUUGAGUUGGGUCAGAGUAACUCCAAUCCUUCCAGGCCUUCGUCAAACCCAUUUGUAAGGCUCCCUUCCAGGGAAAGCCUGGAUCUGAGCCACCACCUCUCGAGGCUGGGCUCACGAGCGCUGCUCCUGUCCGCCUCUGACACAUCUCUGGGCUCUGACUCCAGCCAGCCGCCAGACCCGGGUAGCCCAAGUGUCUCCAAGCAGAGCCUGAACAUCACUGCAGGUUCUUGGGGGGCCCUGAUCCGAGACACAAAGGAGCCUGUCACUUUGGUGUCCCGCAACCUGUCUGAAUGUGUCCUGAAAGGAGCCUUUGGAGCAGCCUGGAGCGCAGCUUCCCAGAGGAUGAUUGGCGUAGCUUUGAAUGGCCAUUCCCGAUCCAAUGUGAACAUGAGUGUCAUUCGGGCCUCCAGCCUGAUGCUGAUCCCGAGCUCCAGUGAUUAUAGCAGACUGCACUCCAUCACCCGUGGGCCCCAGUCAGCCUGCUCCCCACCCUCGUGCUUGACCCUGGUCCUCGGCUCCAAGGAGACCCUGAGCAUGGGCUCCAGCCUCUUGAUCAGUGACACCUCCACCCUGACGCUGAGCAGCCCACAAGAUGGUUCAGAGGACAGCGGGAUCUUCACCACGCCCCUGAAGAACCCAGAGAGUUGGGGUGAGGGGGCCAGCGUGGACAGAGCCCAGGUCUCAUCGCCGCCACCGACCACCUCUGACCCCAGGAACCAGGACGCCUCAUCCUCCAGCUGCCUCCUUGAGGGAGCCUCGGAUGAAGUGACCAAAUCUCCGGAGAAGGUGCCAGAGAAGAAAGAAGAUGGCAGUGAAGUGGCCCUGGUGGAGAACGCUGUGCCACAGGACCUGCAGGGAGCAGAAGGAGAGAAGAAGAUGCUGAUAAUGAAGAUGAUGAGGCAGAUCCAGGAGGAGCCACUGGACUCACUCUCCACCUCUGUUCGCCGGCAGGCCCUGGAGACCCUGACCCAGCUGAGCCGCAGGAGCCCUGCGCUGGGUGGACAGGAGCGGGUGCAGCUGGUGAGCGUGUGUGUUCACAGUGUGUUCUCGCUGCCCUCCCUGCGGGCCAUGAAGGAGCACGCUGAGGCUGAGGCUGAGGCCAUCCAGACGCUUUACCAUCAGACCUUGGAUGCCCUGCAGACCCUGCUCAAUGCCCUCUUUAUUGAAGACCCCACUCCUGCUGGGCUCAAGAGCAUUUUGGAGCCCCUGGCUCCCUGGAUGAACUCUGGGAAGGCCCACGAGCGUGCUCGAGCUGUGAACAGCAACGUGUCCCUGCUGAACCACACGCUUCUGAGCCUGCCUUUCUACGUGUCCUCUGGGUUCCCUGCGCUUGGGCUGCUACUGGGGAGGCUCGUCCUUCGUGUUGGGGAUCCCGACGAGGAGAUUGGUCGGGAAGCUCUGGACGGCAUCACCAUCCUCUACACCAUCCUGGAGCUCCAGAAAAGAGCCGGAGGUGAGGAGGAGACCAACAAGAAGGUGCUGUACGAGAGCAACAAGCGCUUCCUGGGGCCCUACAACCCCGUCAGCCCGUGCCAGAACAUCCUGCGUGUGAUCGCGGAGUUCGGAGACUUUUUGGGCCCCCAGCAGGUGAAGGACCUGCUGCUGGCAGCUGUGGAGGGGCUGAGGGGCGACGUGGAGGAUCAGGGGCAGGACUCUGGGGAGAUGAUGCAGCUGGCCUCUGAGGUCACACUCGGCUCUGUGCUGGAGUGGUACCGCCACAAGGCGCUGGAGGUGAUCCCAGAAAUCAUGCAGGGCAUCUACCUGCAGCUGAGCCACAUCCAGGAACCACGGGCCCGAGAGCUGGCCCUGCUGCCUGUCUCCUUCCUGGCCAGCUCCUUCAUGACGGAGGUUGUGGUGGCCCUGCUCAUGUGCCCCCUCCCGCUGGACAGCAAUGGAGCCCAGAUGUGGAGGCAGCUGAUCCUGCGCAAGCCCAGCUGUGACGUCCGAGAACUUCUGGAUCUGCUGCUGGCCAGCCUGAAGGAGAAGCCUGUCUCCAAGAAGGGUCGGGUCUCCAUUGUGCCCCUGGCGGCAGCCAGCGGCCUGUGCGAGCUCCUGUCUGUCAACAGCUGCAUAGGCCAAGUGAAGCGCAUCUACCCCCAGCUGCUCCUGGCCCUGCUCAUUCAGGUCCACUACCACAUCGGCCUGAAGCUGCCUGGCCACGGGGUGCCUGGCAAGGACACCAAGGACCAAGCGUGGCCUCCCGUCUUCACGCCUGUGCGAUGGGUGGUGAAAGUGGUCAAGACCCUGCUGCUGAAGAUGGGCUGCUCACAGGAGGCUGCGUUCGUGGAGGCGGAGGGUGGCUGGGAUCUCAUGGAGCAGGCGCAGGGCCACCACCUCGGAGUGUCACUGCUGGCCAGGGCCAUGGUGCACUACUCCUGCCAGGAGCUGUGCCGCAUCCUCUACCUGCUCAUCCCGCUCCUGGAGCGCGGCGACGAGAAGCACAAGAUCACGGCCACCGCCUUCUUUGUGGAGCUCUUCCAGAUGGAGCAGGUGCGAAGGAUCCCCGAGGAGUACUCUCUGGGGCGGAUGACAGAAGGCCUGGGCCACCGUAACCCUGUCAUGAAGGUGCUGUCCAUCCGGGGCCUGAUGAUCCUGGCUCACAGGUCAGAGAAGAUGGCCAAGGUGCAGGCACUGCUGCCCUCCAUGGUAAAGGGUUUGAAGAAUAUGGAUGGGGUGCUGGUGGUGGAGGCGGUCCAGAGCCUCAAGACCAUCUUUAAGGGAAAGGACCAGAAGCAGAGGGACAGCUCAGUCUACGUGGAGAUGCUGCAGGUCCUGCUGCCACAUUUCAGUGAUUCAAGCGAGGAUGUGCGUGCCUCCUGCAUCAACAUGUACGGGAAGGUGGUCCAGAAGCUUCGGCCACCCUGCACGCAGGCCAUGGAAGAGCAGCUGACCAAUACAUUGGUGCCGCUCCUGCUGAUCAUGCAGGAGGGCAAUGCCAAGGUGGGCCAGAAGUCUCUGAAGACCCUGUUCCGCUGCUCUUGCUUCAUGGCUUGGGAGCUGCCUAAGACAGCAUACAGCCGGAAGUCCUGGGACAACAGGCAGCAGGCGGUGGCUAAACUCUGCAAGUACCUGCCAGGGCUUGGAGUAUGCCAAGAACCCACGGGCCUCCCUCCGGAAGUGCUCUGUCAUGUUCAUAGGGUCCCUGGUGCCCUGCUUGGAGAACAUAAUGACGGAAGACUGGCUGAAGGAAGUGAAAGCUGCUCUAGAGAAUCUGAGACAUGACCCAGAGGCAUCUGUGUGUAUCUAUGCGGCCCAAGCCCAGGACUACAUCCUGUCCAGCUGCUGGAGGAACUCCUGGCCACUGCCGGGCUGGGACUCACUGGUGUGUGGCCCGGCCCCCUCGCACUGCUGCAGCCCCAGCCCUGAGGACCUGCCCACUUCCCACAAGC